GGGAGGCCAGUGUCCCAGUCCGCGCCACAGCAGCCACACACAGCACUCGCAGCGCCGCGCACUACACGCCCCUCACCGGGGGAUCUCGCCCCAAACUUGCUCGAACUGUUUCUCCCAGCCCGCUUUGCCCCGCGCUGCCUAGCAUGGAAAUAAUGCAGCAACAGAGCUCCAAUCCUUUGGACAGCCGGUGGCGGGGGCACGUCCCCCUGCCUUACGCCACGGCACACAGCAUGGCCCUGCCUGUCCUGCACGACCUCAGGCAGCAGCAGCAGCAGCAGCAGCAGCAGCAGCAGCAGCAGCAGCAGCAGCAGCAGCAACAACAACAACAACAACAACAACAACAACAACAACGGCCGCAUCAUCACCUGCAUCAUCAACAGCAGCAUCUACCUCAGCAGCAACAGCUACAGCUGCAGCAACAACUACAGCAGCAACACCGACAGUUGUUAAAACAGGCGCGAUCACAGCCGGCGGAAGCGGGGUCCUCGCGAGGCCACCAUUCCCAGCCCAGCAGCUCCUCGUCGUCCUCCUCGUCCUCGAUCAGCCUCCUCUCCUCGCCGCAACCUUCUCCCCACACGCCCGCGACAGGGAAGAGUGGGGGCACAAAAGAGGAAGGGGAGAAAAAGGAGGGGGGCGAAUGGGAGCCAUACAAUGCAGGAGCGGCUUUCCUUGGGCCAACUCUAUGGGACAAGACCCUCUCCUAUGACUCCGACCUCAAGUUGGAGUACAUGGACUUGGAUGAAUUCCUAAAUGAAAAUGGAAUACCCAUAGAGGAGGCCAACAAGGCACUGGGGAGGGGCGGCGGAGGUGGUGGCGGUGGCGGAGAUGGUGGUGGCCGCCCUAAUGCUACCAAAGGCAGCAGCAAUAACAGUGGAGGUGGCGGCAGCGGCGACAUGACCAGCCCAGCAGCAAGUAUGAGCCCUGAGGCGUCAUCCCCAUCGUCGCCAGAUGGCACGCCCAUGGGUUUGGGUGCCAUGCCACAGGGCCCACCUCAACCAGGCCCACAUCCCACCAUGCCACAGCUGACCAAUAACCCCACCACCCCCGCGCCUCAGCCCUCUCACAGUGUGCCACCCCCCUGCCUGUCCCCUGACGAUCACAGGUUGGAUGACUGUUGUUCACCUGACUCCGGCAGCCCCCACUCACCCGCCCUUCAGGUCCACGAAGGAGAUUCAAUUCGAGCAAGUCUGGGGCGAGAGAAAGUGCGUGGAUGCCCAAAGCUCUCCACAAAGGGCAACGCUGCUAAAGAGGGGCAGCAGAUCGGGCUGACCGUUGACUUCGAGGUGUCCCCUAACGAUUUAGCACUUGCCACAGUACCCGGCCAGGACUUUGACCCCCGAACCCGCAUGUUCACCGAAGAUGAACUCAAGCCUCAACCCAUGAUCAAGAAGAGCCGCAAGCAGGUGAGCCUCUCACCGGACACCCAGUUUGUGCCAGCUGAGCUCAAGGAUGACAAGUACUGGGCACGCCGCCGCAAGAAUAACCUGGCGGCCAAACGUUCCCGUGAUGCUCGGCGAUUGAAGGAAAACCAGAUCGCCAUGCGCGCCAACUUCCUGGAGAAGGAGAACCUUGCCUUGCGGAGGGAGCUGGAGAGCGUGGCCCAAGAGGUGGACAGCCUGAAGACACGCCUUAUCAAGUAUGAGAAAGUGUGAAGCGUGUUGGGCUGCUACUAUCACCAUCACCACUACCACCACCAUCGCCACCGCCACCUUCACCACCACGGUCACCACCCCACCUCCACCACCAAUACCACCACCACCACCACCACCACCACCAGUCAUCCAACACCCUACUCAGGAUAGGCUCUCCUCUCAUUUCAGUGUAUGUAAAUUAGUUUGGUUUUAAGUGUAGAGUAUUGAAAAAAAGAUACUAUAAUCUAUAUAUAAAUAUAUACAAAUAAAUAAAUAUAUAUAUAUAUAUAUAUAUAUAUAUAUAUAUAUAUAUAUAUAUAUAUAUAUAUAUAUAUAUAUAUAUAUAUAUAUAUAUAUAUUCAUAAAUACUAUAUUAAAUACCUCGUUGUUUGGUAAUAGAGUGUUGCACUGCAUGUCAGUCAAGGAGGGGUGGUGCCCUCCUGUGGCUGGCUGGGGCCACAACAUGUACCUUAGAUGAAGUUUUUAUUGUGGGUGGGUCACCAAGCACUAGAGUGAGGUGGCAGUAGCACAGCAGGCAGUCCCUACAACUCCUGAUGGGGAGCAGCAUGGUCUGCUGCUGGUGGAGCACCCUGGGGAGUGCCUGCAGCAAUGCAGGGUCAGGAGCCCUGUCUUCACCCUGCUUGCUGCUGCUCACACCUGGCCCUGGCCACACUCUGUAAUCAGAUUUUAUUGUAAGAAAGUGUUCAAAUCCAACUGUUGUUAAGCAUAUAAAAAUAUAUAUAUAUAUAUAUAUAUAUAUAUAUAUAUAUAUAUAUAUAUAUAUAUAUAUAUAUAUAUAUAUAUAUACAUACACAUAUAUAUAUUAUACACACACACAUAAAUAUAUCUAUAUUUUGCCGUCUAGUGGAGUUGAAGGUAGCAGUCCAAUACCUGAGGCACGUAGGAGGUUGGCCAAGAAUCCGAGGGAGCCGGUAGGAAUGGGCCGGAGUUGCGCGGCCAUGUUUGCCCAGUUCAAAGAGCCUCUUGGCCUUACCAAUGUUCAUUUUGCUGUCCAGUUCACAGUCUGCUUCUCGCCUUCUGGAUCUCUUAAGUGCAGGGCGACCGAGACCUGGUCAUUCGUUAGAGUAUGAUGACAAACAAACAGUAAAGCUGCCUUAGCCUGUACCCCAGCGGGCCAGGCCCCUUGGGGAGCCAUGGCCCUGCUACACCCAGUGUAUGCAUGCCACCCGCAAGCACUGCUGACCCCAGGGCCUGGGAACACCCUUGCCAUGGGGUGGCUGUCUGGCUGCCUGUCUCUUUCCAGGGAGUGAAGCCAAUGCAAAGCAAGUGCAGUGUGUGGCAGGUCACUGUGAUAGCCUGCGGCCUCCGAGUAGACCUGGAGCACUGGCCGGAGGCUGCAGGGGAGUGUCCUCUCCUAUGUCCAAUUGGUUCCUGUAAUAUAUGAUCAACCCCCCAAAUUACCUACUUUUCAAAUAUACAAUAGUGAUGCUUGCUCAAUUUAUCCUGUUGGCCAUUUGUACAGUUUACUAAGGUAUUGGAGAAAAUAAUAGAAAGAAGUUAUAUUUUUUGGUGAGAACUUGUAUAUUAUAUCUUAAACUAUUAUUAAAAGUAAAAGAUAAAUUAAUAAAUCUGAUGACGAUGUACAAGAAUUUUACGUUUAACUGUUUUUCGCAUAGAUUUAGUUAGUUGUUAGGGUUAAUGCAGGUAUUAAUGAAAUCAUUUUUUGUGUACAUAGUGUAAAGGGAAAAGAACUUCUUGUGUUGCCACAAUGUGUGUAUGUGGCCACAGUGUGUGUCUGACACUCUCUCUCUCUCUCUCUCUCUCUCUCUCUCUCUCUCUCUCUCUCUCUCUCUCUCUCUCUCUCUCUCUCUCUCUCUCUCUCUCUCUCUCUCUCUCUCUCUCUCUCUCUCUCUCCUCUCCUCUCCCAACCAUUACCGCCACACGUCCUCAAUCAAGCCUUCGUCACUGAUUGUAUUGUUCGUAUUAUUAUUACUAUUAUUUCAGACUUUUAUUUGUUAGUCUUUUCAGCUUUUUUCUUAGUCUGUGACUCACUUGCAAAUGUUAUGUAAAGUGUAACACAA